AUGACAGCUAACAAACAACCGUUAAGUGCCGCAACAAAUCGCCAAAAAUUGAAAACUGUGGGAAUACCGCUCCACGUCAGGGACGCCGCAAAAGCCACGCCAAGCUCACACAUAGCUACGAAUCUCGUUUGCCCACAGUGGGACGUAUGCACAGAGAGAAAAAUGUGGAACUCACGGCCAGACCGGUCUCAGAACUAUAAUUAUUUAUAA